AGUGACGAACGAGUCAAUCGAAUCGGUGAAUACAGAGGGCGAGCUGACCCCUGUGCGGCCGCCGCCACAAUGGGCCGCGAGUUUGGGAAUCUGACGCGGAUGCGGCAUGUGAUCAGCUACAGCUUGUCACCUUUCGAGCAGCGCGCCCAUCCGCACGUCUUCACUAAAGGAAUCCCCAACGUUCUGCGCCGCUUUCGGGAGUCUUUCUUUCGCGUGGUGCCGCAGUUCGUAGUGUUUUAUCUUAUCUACACAUGGGGGACUGAAGAAUUCGAGAGAUCCAAGAGGAAGAAUCCAGCUGCCUAUGAAAAUGACAAAUGAGCAACGCAUCUGGAUGACGGUUCCCUGUCUCUGAAAGACCUUUCUCUGGAAGAGGAGUCUGCAUUGUAGUGUCUCAAAGACACAAUAAACUUCCUAUGGUCUGCA